CAAAUACAUCUUCACACAGUGUGAAGCAUCCCAACUCUCCAGACUCUUAACAUUUUCAUCGAUUUCUUGGCCACGGAUGUCUAGACAAACUUCAGUAAAAUGACUCUUCAGGAGUUGGUGCACCACGCUGCCUCCAUUUAUUUGAACAGAACAGCUGUAUGUUUUGAUGAAGGCAAUAACCAGCCUCCAGUGUUUUACACCUACAAGACUGUGCUGAGUGAGGCUUCGGAAUUAUCCGAGUUUCUGCUAACACACUGUGACUUUGGAGGAAUUCGGGAAAUUGGUCUCUACUGUCAACCUGGGAUCAACUUACCCUCCUGGAUUUUAGGAAUCCUUCAGGUCCCGGCAGCUUAUGCACCUAUUGAUCCAGACUCGCCACCGUCGCAAUCAGCUCACUUUAUGAAAAAAUGUGAUCUCAAGUAUGUUCUCGUUGAGAAAAAGCAGGUUAAUAAAUUCAAAUCUUCACAUGAAACAGUUUUGAACUGGGACACGGUUUCAGUGGCGCAUAAGGACCUGGUGCUCUUGGCCCUUCAUUGGGAAACUGGUGAUAGGAAAGAGAAGGAUGAGAUGAGAGUAAGAAAAACCAGCAGGGGUUCUGAGAACAGCCUCGGGGAGAAGGCACGCCUGGACGUUCGGCAGGAGCGUUGCUUGGCUUAUGUCCUCCAUACCUCGGGGACCACAGGGACACCAAAGAUCGUCAGAGUGCCUCACGCGUGCAUACUUCCAAACGUCCAGCACUUUCGGGUACUUUUUGACAUCACCCACGAAGAUGUCUUGUUUCUGGCUUCACCUCUGACCUUCGAUCCAUCUGUUGUGGAAAUAUUUGUCUCUCUGUUCAGUGGGGCCUGUCUGCUUAUCGUACCGACUUCUGUCAAAGUGCUCCCAUCAAAAUUAGCUGACGUUCUCUUUUCCCACCACAGAGUGACUGUUUUACAGGCAACGCCGACAUUGCUGAGGAGAUUUGGAUGUGAGCUCAUCAAGUCCACUGUCCUAUCAGCACACACUUCUCUGAGAGUGCUAGCCCUCGGUGGGGAAGCCUUCCCCUCACUGACUGUUCUCAAAAGAUGGCGAGGCAAAGGCAAUAAAACCCGGAUAUUUAACAUUUAUGGUAUCACAGAGGUAUCCAGCUGGGCGACUUUUUACAGGAUCCCAGAGGACAUUCUUAAUUCUCCUGUGAAACAUGACUCUCCUGUGCAGCUGGGGUCUCCGCUACUUGGAACGGUGGUUGAGGUCAGGGACGCAAACGGUUUCCCAGUUCACGAAGGCACCGGCCAAGUGUUUUUAGGUGGGGAAAACAGAGUAUGUUUCCUUGAUGACGAAGUGACAGUGCCUCUUGGCACCAUGCGGGCCACAGGAGACUUCGUGACUGUGAAGGAUGGAGAGAUGUUUUUCUUGGGAAGAAAGGACAGCCAGAUCAAGCGUCAUGGCAAACGUCUUAACACUGAGCUUGUACAACAGGUGGCUGAGGAACUUGACCAGGUGGAAUCCUGUGCGGUCAUGUGGUAUAAUCAGGAAAAGUUGAUUCUCUUCAUCACAUCCAAAGUUGAUCUAGUAAAGGAUUGCAUCUUUAAAGAAUUGCAGAAACAACUUCCAACUCAUGCCCUCCCAGAUGACAUAAUGUUGAUUGAUACUCUACCAUUUACAUGUCAUGGUAAAAUUGAUGUUUCUGCAUUAAACAAGAUGUAUUUACACUACAUAAAGUCACAGCCUAGGAAUAAGAUCCAUGGAAGAGAGGAACUUUGGGAAAAAUUACAGUAUUUAUGGAAGUCUAUUCUGAAUCUCCCUGAGGAUCCCGAGGAGCCUGUGCAGGUUCCUGACAACUCGCUCUUCUUAGACAGUGGCGGAGAUUCCCUGAAGUCUGAGUGGCUCCUCAACGAGAUUGAAAAGCUCACUGGCACUUCCAUACCUGGGCUCCUGGAGCUUAUUCUCAGCAGUUCUAUCCUAAAGAUUUACAACCACAUCAUCCAGACCCUGUUUACACACGAGGACCUGAAAGUCAACAAGGCUUAUGCCACAAAGAGGAAACUCAGUGACGCGGAUCCAGAGGGAGCCUGCGGGAAAGCUGCACGUCUGGAUUCUGCCUUGCCCUUUACCCACGACAGUGAGACAAACGCUUUGAUUGCUCUGAGCAGAGGGAGCCAGGUUUUGUCUCUGGGCACUUGGAAGCUUCUAACUAAGUUAGAACACUGCCCUUCAGUUUGUCCUCUGGAUUUCAUUCCGCAGACCAACAUUCAAAUGCUCAAAGGCUUAAGUCCUCCAGCUCCUGAUGAAAGUUUGAAAAAAUGGCCAGUUUCUCAGGAGGGGAAACCUGUGGCAGGGGCCGAGACUGUGGUGUUGCGAGAGAGGUGGAGGUCAGACACAGGCAAAUGUGUAGAUGCCUCCCCUCUGCUCGUGAGAGCAGCUGUCGAUCAAUCCUCCACAACCGUGUUCAUCGGCUCCCACUCCCACAGAAUGAAAGCGGUUGACCUUUACUCUGGGAAGACGAGAUGGGAACAGCUCUUGGGAGAUCGAAUUGAAUCCUCCGCAUGCGUGUCUAAGUGUGGAAACUUUAUUGUAGUUGGCUGUUAUAAUGGAUUAGUUUAUGUUCUAAAAAGUAGUAGUGGAGAACAAUAUUGGGCAUUUACUACUGAAGAUGCUGUCAAAAGCUCACCAGCCAUGGAUCCUACCACAGGACUCGUUUACGUCGGCUCUCAUGACCAGCAUGCAUAUGCUCUAGACAUUUAUGAAAAGAAGUGUGUCUGGAAGCUGAAAUGUGAAGGAGCGCUCUUUUCUUCUCCGUGUUUGAGCCAGAGUCCACAUCAUCUGUACUGUGCUACCCUGCGGGGACUUCUCCUGGCUGUACAUCCUGCUACUGGGAGCGUGGUUUGGAAGCACUCCUGUGGGAAGCCGCUCUUCUCCUCCGCCCGGUGUUGCCGGCGGUACGUUUGCAUCGGCUGUGUGGACGGAAGCCUGCUCUGCUUCACUCACUCGGGAGAGCAGGUUUGGCGCCUCUCUGCUGGAGGACCAGUCUUUUCGUCACCGUGUAUCUCAGCAUCAGAACAAGAACUAUUUUUUGGUUCCCACGAUUGCUUUCUCUACUGCUGUAGCAUGGAAGGUCACCUCCAGUGGAAAUUUGAGACCACAGCGAGGGUGUACGCCACACCCUUCGCUUUCAGUAACCAGAGUGGUAGUGGUGAAGCUCUGCUGGCAGCUGCAUCUACUGAUGGGAAACUGUGGAUCCUUGAGUCUCAGAGUGGAAAGCUUCGAAGUGUGUAUGAACUCCCUGGGGAAGUCUUCUCUUCUCCUGUGGUCUGGGAAUCGAUGCUUAUUAUUGGGUGCAGGAAUAAUUACAUUUACUGUUUGGACUUACUGUGUGGUGAUAAAAGUAAUCAAUAAGUCCUUAUAAGUAUAUAUGUGUGAGAUGGAAAUAUUGUAAAGCUACAUGGAUGGUUUUAUAUUAAAGAUUCUAUUUUGGUUAAGGAA